AUGCCCUCCCCAGCCCUAGAAAAAUCCACCCUCGACCUCCUAAUCCGGCAAGAACGCCACUACCGCGACACUUCACAAUGGUCCCUCCUCCGCUCAAUGUGGCACCCGGACGCCUCGCAAACCCUCGUCUCAAUCUCCUUCGUCACAGGCACAGUCGACGACUGGAUCAACGGCGGGAAGAAAAUCGGCGGCUCAUCGACAACUCCCCCUCCUGCUGAAGGAAGCGUAACUGGACCUUUCCAUACCAUAGGACCGAAGGAGAUUCUGGUGGAAGGGGAUAGGGCGUUGGCGACGACGCUGAUUUCGAUUCAUAUGCGCUUCUUGCACGGAGGCGUGACUUUUGAUGUUGUUAGUUGGGCGCAUCAGGUUCAGCGGUUCGUGAAAUUGCCCUCUUCUUCCUCUUCUUCCUCUUCUUCUGCGGAUGCUGAGGACUGGAAACUCGUGAGGUUCGAGGCGAUAUACAUCCGGGAUGAGCUGAAGCUGCCUUGGCCGCAGGAGGCGGCUACGGAGGCGGUUUUGGGGGCUGUGGGGAGGGAGAUUGAGGGGGCGGGGAAGAGGGAGUGUGUUAGGGUUUUGGGGUGGACGUUGGGAUUGGGGGGCGUGGAGGUCAGGGGGGAUGUGCCGGGGUAUGAUGAUGAGGGGACGUGGAGGCCUGUUGUUGAGGCGGGGAGGAGGUGGUUGGAGGGUGGUUCUUGA